GGACACGAUCAAAUCAGCUUGUAAAUCGCAACGUCGACGCACAAAACACAAUUAUAAGCAGCUGAAAAUGGCGAAGCGCAAAAGUCUCAAGGACAAUGACAAUGAUGUCUCUAUGACUGAUCGUCGGGAUGACGACAGCGGAAGCGACUCGGAUGUCGAACUCGUGAAUGUCGAGUUUGAAUGGUUCGAUCCACAACCAGCAGUUGAUUUCCACGGUCUCAAGACAUUGUUGCGACAACUCUUUGACAACGAUGCCCAAUUAUUCGAUAUCUCUGCGUUGGCGGAUUUGAUUCUUUCACAACCUUUGCUUGGUUCGACAGUGAAAGUGGACGGGAAUGAGACGGAUCCAUACGCGUUUUUGUCCGUGUUGAAUAUUAAUGAGCACAAGGACAAACCAGUUAUAAAAGACCUUACAAAAUACAUUGCGCAAAAAUCAUCCUCGAACCCUUCUCUCGCAUCUUUGGCGCGUCUACUUGCCAACCCCGAGAAUCCACCAGCUAUCGGCCUCAUCCUGACGGAACGUCUAAUCAAUAUCCCCGCCGAAGUCGUACCGCCAAUGUACUCCAUGCUCCUGGAAGAAAUCUCGUGGGCACUCGAGGAAAAGGAACCAUACAAUUUCACACACUACCUCAUCUUAUCCAAAACCUACGAAGAAGUAGAGUCAAAACUGGAUGUAGAGGAAUCGCGACCUCAGAAAAAGAAGAAGAAAACUACAACUGCGGGAAAUAACAAUGAAAACAAGUUCUAUUUUCAUCCGGAGGAUGAAGUGUUUGAGAGACAUACCUUGUGCCAUGGCACGUUUGAAUAUACGCAUAAACAGGCAGAGGGUGCGUCGGAUUCGAAGAGGGCAUUUCAAGAUUUUGGGAUUAAGCCUGCGGGGAGUUUGAUGUUGAUUGAGGAAGGGAAGUUUGGGAAUGCGGUUAAGGCGAUUACGGAGUAUUUGAAGCCGCCUGUUUAAAGUCUUUAUUCUUACACAAAUAAACGCUUGAGCUUUGCCAUAAAUCAUAAGCCGAAAGAUAGUUAGUUCAUUUGGUGAAGAACUAUUGCCAUUGCGUUCCUAUCAGGCGCUGCAUAAGAUAUUCCACUUCAACGACCUUGGUUAUAGGAAUGAUAAUAUUCUGCAUC